AUGUAUCGAAUAUUACUCUUCUUCAUCCUGUUCGCUCUGUCUUCGGGCGACGAACGGGGCCCCAGGGUGAAGAGAAUCGUAGGAGGCGAGCCCGCGAUGGAGCCGCCCCUGGACGACCCCACGAUCUUCACCAAUUUCGCCGGAAAAGCCGCCAAAAUCCAGGGCGUCCGCGACUUUCCCCACUACGUUUUCAAAGGGAUCAAAUACGCUUACCCGCCUACAGGAAAAAAUCGAUUCAACAGACCUCGCGAAAGGCUGGUUAAAGGUCUAGUAAACGCCACUGCAUUCGCCCCCCCUUGCAUUCAACUCCGCCCCGGCACCGGACAGAUCAUAGGAAGCGAAGACUGCUUAGCCCUUAACGUUUUCACCCCCGAGCUACCCACGGGAACCGAAGGCCUCCCGGUAGUCGUGUGGAUCCACGGCGGAGGCUUCAGAUACGGCUCGGCCUCCCAAUACGGGGUUCGCCAUUUGGUGGGUAAGAGACUCGUAGUGGUGACGAUUCAAUACCGAUUGGGCUCCUUGGGGUUCCUGAGUUCGGGAACCAAACACCUUCCAGGUAACGUGGCUUUGUGGGAUAUGGCUCUGGCGGUGCAAUGGAUCAGGAAUUACAUCGGAUUUUUCGGCGGAAAUCCCUACAAAAUCGUUGUGAUGGGUCAUGGUACUGGCGCCAGUAGCGUGCUUAUGGUUGCCCUUUCGAAAAUAGCUAAAGGUAUAACCGGGGUAGUUGCAAUGUCUGGAACCGCUGUAUCAAACUGGGCUACUGAUAACACUCCUCAACACACAGCAAAAGACGUGGCAGACGAAAAUGGGUGCCCCACAGUCGAUCCGCUUACGAUGGUGAAAUGUUUGCAAUCCUUACCACCAGAAUCCAUUAUUAAGGGUGAUUCUAAGGUGGAAUUCUCGAGGCUGCGGGGUAACGGAUUCAUGGGGGGUUUGGGAGGUGGAUUGGGCUCGGCGCCCGUUACGGAAGGGAGAAACGACGGUAGGUCCUUGCCAGGACUCGUCCAAGAGGACGCCUUGGACGAGAUGGAUAAAGGAGACAAUCCCAAAGUGCCACUGUUGACUGGAAUAUGCAAGGACGAGACCAGAAGGGCGGUCAAAGGUCAAAUUAGAGAAAAAGUGAUAGAGAAGAUACAAAAAGUUCCUGAUUUCCUGCAAAACGAUUUAGUGGGUAAAUUGAAGCAGGCCAUUCCGGUGAAAUGGGAGGCGGAUUUGAAAAAGUUCAAAGAGGACUUCAAGAAAGGCGUAGCCAAUCUGGAGAACACCUUCAGCAGACUGAUACCCCCGAAUUUCAAAAACUACGUGGAAGUGCAGAAGAACAACAUCAAAGCGGCCCUGAACAAAGUCUCCGAUAUUACCAACGACGCACUUUUCAACGUCCCCGCGUUCCUAACGGUCGACAAAUGGGCCACCAACGGCGCCCCCACGUUCCUCUACAGCUUCGAGCACGCCGGAAAGAACCAGAAAGGCUUCACCUUCUUGAACGGCUCCCCUCUAGUGGGAAACGGCACUCACCACGAAGACGACGCCAACGACACAGUAGGCCACGGCGACGACCUGGCGUACAUCUUCGACGCCUACGACCUGGACGGCGCUCCUUUGCACGCGCACGAGCUCGCCGAAGACGACCUCCGGGUGCGCGAGAUCUUCACGCAGAUGAUCGCGGACUUCGCGCGCUUCGGCGCCCCCAAGAUCAACGACAAGCCGGUGCUGCCGUUCUCGCCCAAGCUGAACAACUUCAUCCAGGUGAGGCCGAAGCCGGCGCUGGCCAACAACUUCAAGUUCUGCGAGAUGGCGCUGUGGCUGAACAUCGCCGAGCGGUUGAAGACCAGCACGUGCGAGUUCCUCGAGGCGCUGGACGCGUCGUUCAAGAACAUGCAGAAGUUCGUGCGGGGGCUGGUCGAGCGGAAGAACCUGAAGCCGGAGGCGCUGUUCGAGCAGAUCAACAAGAUCAAGGAGAUGCAGAAGAACGGUAUUAACAUCUUCGAUCAGAAGCACCUGGGGGAUUUCUCGCCGGAGAACGUGUUUAAGCGCGUCGACGAGUGGAAGUUGAAGGUUGAUAAUGAUAUUAAGAACAAAACCGAGCAUUUGUUCGAUGCGUUCAAGAACGGUAAUAACCAGCAGGGGUUGGAUAUUUGGGGGAAGAAGGACAAGGGAAACGAGACCUCCAAGCCGUCCAUAUUCGAUUAUUUUAAUAAGAAGAACGAUGGAAAUCAAGCUUCGAAGCCUACUUUGGUGGAUAUUCUCAAACAAAAUUCCAAUGACAAGAAAUCCACCGACUUACUUGGAUUGCCUCUAAAUGGUGUGCCCAAUAAAGCGAACAAUGAGCAAAAUAACUCUAAUUCUAAACCAGAUUUAUUCCAUUUAUUGACUAAUAAACAAAAUAAUGUUAUAGGAAAUAACGCUCUUGAAGAAACUCCAAAACAAAUAAACCUAGGUGGAAACACGUCGAAUAAAAAUAUCUUCCUGGGAGGCAACCAACUAAAUAAUCCACCCAAAACGAAUUUAAUGGAUUUAUUCAAGCAUAAUGUGAAUGUAAAUGUAAAUAAUUCUAUUAAAGAAGAAACAUCAAGCGCAAAACCAGACAUAACAGUAUCCCCUGAUAACGAAGCCUCUAACGUAAUGAAACCCAAGGAAAAGCCAAUUUGGGACGUACUGGCAGGUUUGAAAUAA